UCCUCAGGCGCCCCCUCCCCCCACCCCCGUUCUCAGGCGGCGGGAAGCGGCUCUCGGCGGCGGUGGCGGACUGACUCGCUCCCCGAACUGAAGCUUCACUACAAACGCUCUCCGAAAUCCCAGUGAGUGUCGACGGUUGGUAGGCCGGCCGGGAAUAGAGGCACGGUUUCCUGAAGAGACGAUGUCGGCCAACUACCGGUGGGGAGGCCCCAGUAGCGGCGAGAGCCGUAUCUACGUUGGGAACCUGCCGACGGACGUGCGGAUCCGAGAUAUCGAGGAUAUCUUCUACAAGUACGGGAAAAUUCGAGAUAUCGAUCUGAAGAAUAAACGCGGAUCCCCGCCUUUCGCCUUCGUUGAGUUCGAGGAUCCGAGAGAUGCACAAGACGCAGUCUAUGGAAGAAAUGGUUAUGAUUAUGGAGUCUAUCGUUUACGGGUGGAAUUCCAGAGAGGCAGAGGAGUUGGCGGAGUCGGCGGUGGAUCUAGAGGAAGACCAGGACCAGCUGCCCGCAGAUCAGAUUUCAGGGUCAUUGUCUCUGGACUUCCUCCCUCUGGCAGUUGGCAGGAUUUGAAGGAUCACAUGCGAGAGGCCGGUGAUGUUUGCUAUGCAGAUGUUCUAGGAGAAGGUGCUGGAGUGGUGGAAUUUCUCCGCAAGGAGGACAUGGAUUACGCAGUGCGGAAGCUUGAUGAUACAAAGUUUCGCUCUCACGAGGUUAGUUUGUUCUAGCUGGACAUACUUGUUAGGAAA